GGUGUUUCGGUGACACGGCUGCAGCGCUUCCUGUCCUGAGUUCUCGGAGCUCGUCGUUUUUCGGUCAUGUUUAAGAAUGUUCUGAGCAGACUGGUGACACAAACUGUUCGUCCCCACCGGUAUGCGCCUCCCGGGCCGGUAAUCCAGCGGCUGAUUCCCGCCUCCGGUCCGCUCCGGAGCUUCACCGACCGGAAGGACGAAGCGCAGCCGCAGUUCGACGCCUCGCUGCUGGACGUCCUAGUGUGUCCGCUGUCCAAGAAGCCUCUGAGGUACGACGCUGAAACCAACGAGCUGAUCAACGAGGAGCUCGGCAUCGCUUACCCCAUCCUGGACGGGAUCCCCAACAUGAUCCCUCAGGAGGCUCGGCUCAUCCAGAAGGAUUCUACAGAAAUGCCGACACAGUGA